AUGGAGUUUGGAUAGUUGGACAAGAUCAAGAUACGGUAGGCGGCGGAUUUGACGCUACACAAGCCUAUGUUGGUGACAUCACGAGCAUCAAUGUUUGGAACACCGACAAUAUUGACGUUGCAGCAGUUGCGAACUGUGGCGAUAAUUUUGGAGGAAACGUCAUCUCUUGGUAUGACGUCAGCAAAGAAAUUCACGAAGUGUCUACAUACAGAGAAGAUCUUUGCAAAUUGAAAUAAGAGAUACAAAGGAAAAAUUGAAUUUCGUUUGUCAAGUUUCUGCUUUUCUUCUCUUUCAUAAAGGUAUAAUAAAAUGUGCUUUAUCUUAACAAAAUA